AUGGAAGGUAGCUUAGUUUUACUCGACGGCGGCGGUAACGGUGGUGGCUGUUCUGGGUUUUCCACUAAUGAGUCAGCCGUGUCGAAAGCUGAGGUUGUUCUGGAGGUGACUUCAUAUCCGGCCGAGACCGAGCUCGAGCUAGGGCUCAGCCUUGGUGGUCUUACAGGGAGGACUAAUGCUACCCCUGGUAGAAUAUGGACUGCCAAGGACUUCCCUUCAGUGGUUGUUCCGCAUCGAUCUUCCAUCAACGGCGGCCCUACUCCUUCGGUUUCCGUUUCUGGGACUAAAAGAGUCGCCGACGACUGUGGCUCUCCGACUGCUAUCAGUCAAGUUGUGGGAUGGCCACCCAUACGGUCUUAUAGGAUGAACAGCUUGGUUAACCAAGCUAAAGCACCGAGAGCUGAAGAAAACAAAGCGAUUAAUGAAGUAAAUAACCCAAAAGAAGAUGGUUCCAAACUGAAACAAAGUGAUGAAAAAUUAGUGCAUAUUGGGUACAUUAAGGUCAACAUGGAUGGUAUUCGUAUAGGAAGAAAAGUUGAUUUGAAUGCACAUUCUUCUUAUGAGAGUUUGGCUCGAGCACUCGAAGCCAUGUUCCUCCAAUCCACUAACUCCGGAGGUACUGAGAAGGAACAACUAACAAUAGCCUCUAAGCUUUUGGAUGGAUCAUCUGAAUUUGUUUUGACUUAUGAAGACAAAGAGGGAGAUUGGAUGCUUGUAGGAGAUGUACCAUGGGUGAUGUUUCUCACCUCGGUCCGGAGGCUCCGAAUCAUGAAGACUUCCGAGGCCAAUUGCCUAGCUCCGAGAUUUCACGACAAGACCGAGCGGCAAAGAAGCAAUCCGAUAUAGCGUCAUUGGCAACACGAUCCAUCAUUUAAUUUCCAUAUAAACAAAAAGAAAAAGGCACAAAAAAAAAACUUUGUUCCACAGUUUGAACACAGAGCUAUAUGAAUCUAGCCAAGUUGAUCAUGAGUUGAAGCACAUCAAUGCCACGAUUGUUUUUUAUCUCGAAUUUUCUCGAGCUCGAUCCUGAAUCAAUGUUACUCGGUCAUACUGUAAAUA